GAGAGAGAGAGAGAGAGAGAGAUCGACAGAGGUAGUGACGAUGAUGAGGCUGUUGGCGAUUGUGUGGGUGUGUUUGAUGGCGGUGCUCACGUCUGCCCACAACCCGACGGCGGGAGGCGGAGGCGGCCACCAGGGAUACUCCCUGGGCAUCCGAGACUCGAUCAUGAUCGCUCACAGCUUUGAGGGAUCGCAGUUCGGGCCUGCCCAAGAGAUGCAUGGGGCGACGUACACGGUCGAUGCCGAGUUCAAGACGGAGGCCCUCGUGGAAAAGUCCAACUGGGUCGUGGACAUAGGCGCCGCCUCGGAGAUGCUCGCUGCGGUGCUGUCCAAGUACAACUUCAAGAACCUCAACGAGAUCUUCCCCGGACAAAACACAACCACCGAGUUCAUGUGCAAGGUGAUAUUCGACGAGCUCGCAGCUAAGUGCGGCAAGGACUUCCACGGCACUCUUUGCAUCAAGCUGUGGGAGAGCCACAAGGCAUGGGGGUGCUACGAGGGGGACAUUGGCGAAGAGGUGGACGAGGCAUGAUGAUGGCAGCCCACGCGUCGUCGUUGGAUAGCAACCCUGAGGGCCGGAGGGAGAGGAAGGAUGCAGUACAGUACACGUGGGGCGACGCUCUUUGUAGGUAGCACAACAUUUUUUUGGUUGCACCCCUUCGGCCAGACGGUUCCAAGCCAGAUGUUUCAGCCCUGUCGUAGGGUCCUUUGUUCACACGUGGUGUGGAGAGCAACACGUAGAUUCGGGAGGGAUUGGAGCACCCUGCCGCUGUUGAUUAUUUCGAGACGCCCCUGUUUCCGGGUCGCGUACCACGUGAAGAUGUUCCUGGGUUUGCGACAACACCCUGCGCGUUUAUUUUUGACGGUGUAGCAGCGUCUCCACGUCGCUUCUUGUUCGACGCACCUGUGGGUGGUAAACUGGUAGGCCCGAUGGGUGCCGGUGCUGUGCGAAUUCCGAGCUUGCAGGCCACAGAGGCCCGGGUUGGGUGAAUGUUUGGCCGUGCUUAGUCCAUGGGGGCUCCGUGAUAUGUAUAUCUCGAGGUACAUGGGUGCUGCCGCGUACUCCCUUCAACCAUGAAAAAAAGUAUCUGCCCU